UCUUUCCAGCAUAAUAAUGACAGUGGCGUCGUAUUUCUUCAUAAUGACUUCAACCAUCCACCUCACAACCUUCGAAGCGAACUCCGCAGAAGAUCGGGAAAAGGUCGUUACCAUCCUAACCCCCCUCCAACCCCACGCUGUAUCCGCCGGCCUCUCCAAGUUCUGCAUCUGCAUCCCCGACGACCCCGCGGAUGCGACUCCAGUGCUUCUCAUCGAAGAAAUCCCUCCCUCCCCCAUCUCCACUUGGGCCUCCGACGGCUACAACCCCUCCAACCUAACCCUCAACUCCGUCCUCGAGACACUAUCUACCAUCCAACCCACCCAAAAACUCCUCCCAGGCGUCUCCUUCUAUCGCCCCUCGCUCGCGACCACACCUGUAGAAGACCUCUUCAUCGUCACAGCUAUGUUCGGUUUCAGGCCCGGGACUGCGUUAAGGGCAUUACAAGGUUGGAGAGAGUUUGCGGGAUACUGUGAAGAGGAGGAGGAGGAGGAUGUGUUGGGGUAUUAUGUUGCGGCUGUGGAAGCUGGGAUUCAAGAGGAAGAGAAAGCGGCGGGGGAGGGAGAGGAAAUUAGGACAUUGGAGAUUUAUGCGAGCAAGAAGUUCGUGUAUGAUGUCCAUUUGAAGAGCCCAGCAGUGGGGAGGAAUCAAGAGCAGAAUGGGGCGUGGAGAAACGGGAGGAGGGGGGUGGGACGGUGGAGGGUUGUCGGGGGCUCGUUGGGGUAACGAUGGUCGAUGAGCUGGAUGAGGAGAGAAUGAUGAUGGAGGUCAUAAUUAAUGGUAGGUUCAAUACACGAUUUAGCUUCGCUGAUUCUCUCUAUCGUUAUAUUGGUCGUGAGGAAGAAUGGGAUGGGGAUAGGGGAGGCUUGGCAGGUUGGGACUGCCCCUGAUGCCAGCCAGCCAUGCUCCAGUCCUCUCCACGCCAAUCCUCUAAAAAGGAAAAUGCGGGUUAUCACGAACCUUCUGGACAAGUGAUUGUGGGAGAAGCAGAGGGAGCUUCCAAGGCUUGGCGGCGGGUCGUGCAGGUCGCGCGCGUGAGCUUCGUUGUAGAAAGGUGAAUUAUCCAACCUCGAAAUGCUGGACAUAAAAGAACGUCCUCCGGCGCCC